CGAUCUCAGAAAUAUUUGUCCUCACUCUCACCACCAGCUUCAACUUUAGCACCAAUAUUCACUCACCUUCGCAUUUGCCUCCACAAUCGCUAUCUACCUCAUUGCCUCUAAAAUCUCAGCUCUACAUCAUCUCCAAAAACUAAAUUCCAAUAAGAAACCCAUCCCACAAUCAAUUCGUCCCUCCAGCCUCCUGUCAAUUUUGGUUAAGGCCAAGUGAGUCGCACUUGCCAUUUUGACCACAAAUUUCGAAGUUGAGCGGAUCCAGAAAGAGCACCUCAAUUUCAGCAAUACGCAGUUCAGCUUUGGGUAGCUGCAUACGCUCUUGCCAAAAUGCCUCUCCAAGAGAGUGAUUUUUCUGUUGGCUCAAACAUCUACUCUACACCUUUCUCCGAUCUAGAAAAUGCUGUCCUUGGUGUCGAAGCUACCUCAUAUCUACAACACAUGCUCGAUGAUCCUCCCACUCACGAACCAUUGCUCGCUGCCCUUGGCGGAGAUCCCAUAGCUCUGAAAUCGCACAUCGAGAAGGAUUUAGAUCAAUGGAAGGAGAACAGGAUCAGACCUUUAUUUGUCUUUGAUGGGCAAUCUGUCGUUGGCAAGGAGGAGAUGGCUCUUCGUCAUGCUCGCGCAGCUUUGAACAAGACACAAAAGGCUUGGGAUAUGUAUAGCAAGAACCAACCAGAAGAUGCUGUUAGAGCUUUUGGUGCUUCAGGUUCCGUACGAGCACAAGAUCUUUACAGAUUACUGCAAGAAGUUUUGUCUGAGCGAAACAUGGAGUUCAUAAUUGCACCAUUCAGUGCUUGUGCGCAGCUGGCAUACUUGGACAAACUUGAGACCCAAUACAUUGAUGGCAUCAUGGGUUCAAAGGAGCUACUUCUCUACGACAUCCACGACAGCAUGUUCAACCCACCGACCUCUGCCGACUGGGAGAAAAAGAUGUUCACUGGAAUCAUCAGAUCUGACCUAGCCGCAAAACUCAACACUACUCCCGAGAUGCUUGCUGACGCCCUCCUCAUGGUCGGCACAUCCUUCCUUUCGCCAUUUCCACCUCUUCAAGUCGAAAGCAUCAUCUCCUCACAACCAUAUACCCUCACAGAUGCUAUCAACCUCUUGAGAACCUCAGACAAAUCUGUCCAAAACACGUGUGUUUCAUUCCACGACAUUCUCGAAAAACGAGACCCCGACUGGUUGGAUAAGUUCCGCAAAGCAAAGAUGGCUGUCAAGCAUUGCAUCACAGUGGAUGAGAAAGGAAAUAUCUCAAUUCGAGAAUACGAUAACCUCACUAAUGAUAACCACCUCUACCUUGGUCUGCAACUCCCAGCAGAGCUCUACCACUAUCUUUCAAAGGCUUUGAUUGGUCCUAGAAUCAUGAACUGCUUCGUUCAUCGGGAACUGAUCGUUCUUCCUACCUUGGAUGGUGUCAUCUCAGACGAGUACAAGAAAUUGGUCUCGCGAGAUUUGGUACCACUGAAAGAGACGACAGCUGCGUUGAUUUCCUCUCGAAUCCACCGGGCUAUCCAGCAUUACGAGAUUGUGAUGAAAUUCUGGUUCGAUGACGGUCUUAAGCAGACACUUGUCCACAGGAAUCUCCAACCACAGACAAACCAGAGAGUGGACACAUGGGGCAUGAAGAGUGCAGACCUGAAUAGUCUAAGCGCCACUUUGAAUGUGACUCCUGGAACAUUCUCAUUCGCCGUGUUCUCCCUGCAGGAUCCUGAGAACCGUGCCAAGACAUUCAGGAAACCAGAUAUGAUACUUGAUGGCAAAUCUGAGAUUUCAGCGAGUGUCUUAUGGCGACUGCUGCAUCUUCGAGGCUACAUAAAUGAUCAACAUGAGUUGACUCCAUUCGGAAAAGGACUUGCUGCAAUAUUGAAGUCAAUCGGGCCCACUAUCAAAGCACAUAAGGACAUUCAUCACAUCGAAGAAGCAGCUUUCCUUGCGGUAGAGCUGAUCCGAUUCGAAGUUCUUAACGCACGUAAUCGACAUAAUGACUUGAUCGGUGGUGCUUUGCGAGGCUCAGAUGAAGACAAGGCUAACUGCAUUCUCAUCGGUCGGACUGCAUGUCUCCUCAAGUUACGCCACGCAAGUAUCGGCUACACUGGACCUCUCAGCAAGAACUUCCUCUCCUUCCACUCUAUCAUCAAAGCAGUUCGUGAGACGGAUAGAGAUCUCCUCGAAGCCGCUCUUGCAUCAAUGUUGUUGAACGCUCAAGCUGUUCGUCCCGUUCAUGACUGUGAUCGUCUAGGCCGAAGCUUACCUCUUUGUACCGAUGUCGAUACCAGUCUUGGAAUCGCUGUCAAGACAUACCUCGACGACUUCUACAAGGUUGAUUGGACUCCCGAAGAACGCGAGAGUAAUAAGUCGCAGUAUGUUGAGAGGUAUCUCCCACAUAGUGUCAACUUCCCAGAAGAUCUUGACGUCGCUUUCAACUUCUUCGAUGCAGUCUGUGCUGGAGUAGAACAACUAGGAGAUGAGAUGAAUCCGACAGACAAAUCUGCUUGGGUCAGUGCUAAGGCGUAUCUCGACCUACGAAGAUAGAUAUAUCCCGGGUUGGGCGGCUUUCAUUUGCAGGAUUCUUCCAUGGACUUCAUCGCCACUUGAUUGGAUCAGCAUAAUUAUGAUGGAUACUCAUCUUCCUUCAUAGUUACUAUGUCCCAACCAUGAAGUCUUGAGGUCGGUGUAGCUUGUGGCUGCUACUGAUCUUAUGCGGGAGGUUCAUCACUUUAGAAUUACUAUACAGAAUAAAGUUCGUCAACCC